AUGUCGUCGGACGAAGCGUUGCCGCCUCCUUUGGCCCCUGAAGGCCUCGACGAACCCUCCGCCGGGUCCUCUCCCCGAUCCACUUCCAGGUCGCCCUCACCCGUCUCUCCCCAGAACAUUCAACAGGACAUUCCACCAAACCUCGAAACUCGCAGCAAUGCAGGGGCGCCAAGACGUGAAGCCCGUCCGCGGCAGCCUACGCCACUGCCUCUGGGGCCACCGUUGCUGACAUGGAUCGAUCGUCGGCGCGAAGAGAGCCGAGGGGGCGCCGAUGCUGGUCAAUUCAGCCAACCUCUCCGGAAGCCUGAGGCCCAGAAGCCAACGCCUCGUCAGGCGCGCGACAUCGUCCGCCUCUUCCAGUGCAAACGGUGCUCCAGGCUGUUCAAGGAUGCCGUCACCCUGAGCUGCGGUCGCAGCCUCUGCCGGACCUGCUUGCCUGACCCCAGCGACCCCGAUGCUCCGAUGUGCGAGACGCGGACCGGCCAUCGACGCGUUUUCAAAUGCAUCUUUGGCGGAUGUGAAAGAAGGCAUUCCCUCGAAGACUGUCACAUCGAUGUCGUUCUCAACAAGGCCAUCCGAAUCAUGGACGACGCCAUCAUCCGCUGCAGAUCUCAGCCAACCGAGCUGUGCGCCUCUACCUCGACCUACACCAGGAUCAUGCACCACGGCCAUUUCCGCGACGGUCCCGAACCUCCCCCUGACACGAGCAUGGUACCCUGCGUCAUCAAGGGAGAGCACCUUGUGGCCCUUUGGACCCUCGUCGCCGAGGGACACCUCUCGUACGACGCCGACGUCAAGUAUCGCGAGUCGUCCAUGACGCCUGGGCCAGAGGCCGCCGACGGUGCCUCGGUCGACUUUGAAUCCCUCGUCCUCCACGAGGCCAAGCAAAAAAUGCGCAUGGAGAUGGACUGUGAGAUAUGCUACUCCAUCUUGUACGAGCCCAUGACGUCGACCUGCGGCCACACAUUUUGCCGCCCCUGUCUCCUUCGCAUCAUCGACCACUCGGGGCUGUGCCCCCUGUGUCGCAGCAACCUCGACUUCAGCCCCCUUCUUCGGCGUUGGUUGUGCCCCGUCAACGAACGGCUGCUGGACAUCACCACGGCCUUUUGGAGAGACGAGCUGGUGGUCCGGGAAGAGGCCAUCGAGGCUGAGCUCGCCGUGUGGCAGCAAACCUUGGAUGUCCCGUUGUUCUCCUGCACCGUGACCUUUCCGACCAUGCCAACCUUCCUACACGUCUUCGAACCAUCCUAUCGUCUGAUGAUUCGUCGCGCCCUCGACGGAGGCAAAGCAUUCGGCAUCGUGCUGCCGAGGGAGCCGGGGCCGGCCCAUGCCGCCAAGUUCUUCGAACUCGGUACCCUCGUGCGCAUAGUCAGGGCCGAGUUCUACCCCGACGGACGGAUCCUCAUCGAAACCACCGGACUGUCCCGCUUCCGCGUCGUCGCUCACGGUCAGAUGGACGGGUACCCCAUCGGCAAGCUGCAACGUGUCGAUGACAUGAGCCUUGAGGAGGAAGCGGCCGUGGAAGCGCUAGAGGUCGGGUAUGAUGGCGGCGCCCAGCUCGACAGCAGCCGCCACGAUGCCGAUGCGGAGCUUCCUGGCGAUGGAAGCUUCGCAGAGUUCCCCGACGACGACGGGGGUACCGGGGGACGUGCCGCGGCAGCACCAACCACCGUUUCGGACCUGGAAACCAUGACGACGAAAAGCCUCAUGCAAUUCGCCGUCGGUUUUGUCGAGAGAAAGCGGGGGGAAAGCGCACCGUGGCUGACGGAACGGAUGCUGUUUCUCUACGGCGACCGCCCCAGCGACGCCGCCCUCCUCCCUUGGUGGCUCGCGAGCAUCCUUCCGGUCAAGAACGUGGAAAAGUAUCGGCUCCUUGGAACGUCGAGUGUGCGUCAGAGGCUCAAGAUCUGUGGAGAGUGGAUCUUGGAAAUGGGGGGCGGGCGAUGGUGA